AAGACUAGCAGGUGCAGGUUGCGGGUUUCCACUGAUUAGUUGGCAAUAUGCGCUUCUCUCAGUCUCGCACUCGCUUGAGUUGUUUCACUGGGAGUCAUUGUGUACGUAGCUUGAUUCCAGGUCGAUAAGCGUGAAUUUUACAUUAAGUACAAUGUUGGAGUGUGAUCCUUGAAUACGUGCACCUAGUGCGUACUUUGUAUGAAGAUGCUGAUUCAUUUUUGUUAGUAGUCUUGUGCACAAGCUUACGCAUGUGCGCCAUCUAGCCUUGAACUCGACGACGACAACGCAAAACUCUGGGAUACUCUGUUCUGCCAAAGAAGCAGGACGAACUCUCCCACCGAUGCACCUUUUCACCCAGCAGCAUCUUUUUUAGAAGCAUUGAAAUUGGCCGAGCUCAGACCUUUGAAUGACGACAGAAAGGAGCGAAAGCAGCGACUGAAUUUCCAGAAUUUUGGUAACGAGAGAUUUCUAUCGACUGAAGGCCUCUCAGAGAACACUCGCGCAGCGAAGGUGCCACCAGCAAAACAGAUUUGCAUUACAGAAGGACACGACGAAGACGGUUGAGCUCCCCGAGAAAACAGUAUGAGCGUAGGCGACCAAGAAGGUGCGCGCGGCGCCGCGCAGGUGCUCGUGCGUAUGCUGGAGAAUGCUGGAACGGCACAGACUGCAGUAGAGCUAGCGCAGGGUUCCGAGUUGUCCAUUGACGAAGUGGUGCACGGAAUCAACUUUUUACUGAAGCAGCAGCGAAUUGCGGCGCAUUCUGUGCCGAACCCCGCGACCGGCGGCAAAACCUCCAAAUUCUCGCUGGUCAACGAAGAAACCAGUGCGCGCUUGAAGUCCCUCGCGCCUGAGCAGAAAAAUGUGUACCAGCUCAUUAUGGAUUCCAAGGAUCAGGGAAUCCAGACUAAGGACUUGCAAAGAAAAACUUCUUUGCCUUUGGCGCACGUGAAGCAAAUCUGCCUGAAGCUGAAAGAGCGCGAAAUGGUCCGGGACAUCAAGCCUGUCCACAGUAAGCGUACUGCGGUUUGGAUAGGCUGGAACGUCACGCCAUCUAAAGACAUAGCAGGCGGUCUCUGGUACCAGAACGGCGAACUCCAGGAAGCACAGAUUGAAAACUACAGGACUGCGGCAUUGCAGGUACUACAGGAAUAACUUUAUCUUUUUUGUUGACAAUGUUUGCACAUCAUGGACGUCGUUUUUGUAAAGGCUCCUGCCACUUCCUUGAUGUUAUUUACUGAGAUUACAGCUCCUUGCCCUUUGCCUUUCGUACUGAAUAAAUUUAUUACGUUGCGCAAACACUCUCACACACGAUUCUGUCUUGCCUUUUGUUUACUUCCCGUGUUCACCUUCCAGGUCUUGUCAGCGAGGCCUGAUAGAGCGUGGACGUUAGAGGAGAUCUGUGGUGCUGUCCGACAGCCGAAUGAGACCCAGCGAAUGCGACAGAUCUUGCGCACACUAGAGUUAGACUGCAUCAUAGACAAGGAGAUGUCAAUAGAUCUCGGUCUUGGAGGGAAUAAUAGCAGUAGUAGCUCAUCCUCCGCGAUGUUAGAUCCCUUGGGAGGAGGCGCAGGGCCAGGUUUAGGUGCAAUCUCCUCAUCAAGCAUAGUGCCGAGCUCGAGUGCCAUAACUAGGUGGAGGAUUCGAGAACGACAUUCGCUGUACUCUUUCGAUGUAUUGCGGGAUGUGCCGUGCAUGCGGUGUCAAGUCAGGAGGCAGUGCGAUAGUGCCACAGUUUUCUCAAAUUCCACUCCUAACCCCAGUAGCUGCAAGUAUUUGACGCGGUGGCUGUACUUAAGUACCCCAGGCGAUGAGGAGGACGAACAAGACGAUCCAGACGCACCUGGUGGGGCGCUUGUUGCGGAUAUGGAAGACAUCAGGUAGCAUAUGACCACUGUGAAUUCCAGAAGAAAUUUUCACCAGUAGCAGUACUUCAUCUGCCUCUGCAUUAUGAAGGUGAAUGCGCGGCUGUGUCCCUUGCAUUUGAUGGUACUCGGUAUGUGAUAAGUCCUUCCUCAGAUAUCCAUUGCUGACGACCUUUGUUUUUUUUUCCCUUACUUCUAUCCUCACAGAAGGUCACAGUCUGCUAGAUUGGCAU